AUGCAGAAGCCUCCGAAGGCCGAAGAAGACUCAUGGGCUUUUCAGGUAUUUUCAUUAUCUUUGAAGGGUACAAAAUCGUAUAGUUUUUUUAAAAAGUAUAGUCCGUUUGUAAGGGUCGGACAUCUCUGCGCCCUCUCAUAGUCAUGUGCUAUUUUUCAUGUUUCUCUGACCUUUCCGGUGAGGAACAGAGAGGGAGAUACAAGAUGUACUGUACAGUUUCUAAAAAAAAGGAAACUCCAGCCAAUCGGAGCCCCGUUUCCUGAAGCGCCGGUCCGGGUUCCCGGCCAGCAGAACCAGUACGUGGCGCUGUGGUACAAACACGGCAAGCCGAUCCAUGGCCGAGCGUGGAACAACGACGGCGUCGUCCAGUGCUCGUUGCCCUACAAAGGCGCCGAGCUCACGACGAAGCUACAGCUUGAGGGGCAGAUCCAGAUACUCCAGUACAAAGGCGACUUCAAGAUCCUUGGGUUCUGGUGAGGAUUCAUCUUUUCUUUUUCUCCCGAAACCGAAAACUUUGGAGGUCAGAGAAUAAUUUUUUCUUCCUCUAUGGAUGGCUUCGAUGAGAACCCUAAAUAGCCUUUUAAAAGUUCACGCUCACCAUCUUGAGGUACGAAUGGCUGCCAGUAAAGCAACGUCACGAGGAUGGCAACCGCGAACUCGUCAAAUGCGGAAAAUCGACGCCGCUGCUGAUCAGAUGCUCAGACCAGCAGCACCGAGUCGGCUACCUCGACCUGGACACCGAGAUCGCUUUGGUCUCCUACAACAACAAGACGGAGAAGUACGAGGGCGGCAUGACCGACAAUUUCUUCGCCAUCUUCCGCAACUUUUCGCCGCCGCCAGUUGUGAAAAUCUAUGAAGACCUGUGGGUCGACGUCCGCUACAACGACAACUUCCCCAAGAACGCUCUGUUGGCCGAAGAUCGGCCGCUGAAGACCGAAACUGGCGCCAUGAUGAAGCAGUACAUCGGACUGUGGUACAAACAUGGCGACGCCGUAUUCGGACGCGCCUAUCCCGACCAAUCCGGAAAGGUACAGAACGGAAUAAAGAUUGAAAUGAGAAGAAAUAUUGUAGGUAAGAGCUCAUUUCGGGAAGAAUAAUCAAGAGACGGCUGGUCCCGAAGUUGGGUCGAUGCAGAUUUUGACACUGCCUGAGGAAAAUUUGGUGAGUCCGGAAAAUCUAAUAAGAGAGGUUGUUUCUGAAAUUCGCUUAACUGUUUUUAAAAGACUGGGAGAAGAUGGUAAAUUGCAAUCCGUAGGAUUUAUUGAAUUGAAGAGAGUGGGGCUCAAAAUCUAUGAAUAGGCUCAUGCGCAUGAGAGUUCCAUGUGUGUUCUAGUCCGAAUGUCAUUGGAAAUUACCAAGAAGAAGUUCAGCGCGGGAUCGAAUACAAGUGGAUGACUACGAAGGAAGGGAUGACGAGCGGGGAUUGGACGAUGGUCAAGACGGGCCAGUCGGCGCCGUGUGUUCUCCGGGAUGCGAAAGGCGUCGAGAUGGUGGCCAACCUCGACCUGAAGACCAACCGCGCUUCUGCCGGCUACGGAGGCGUCGAGAAGGCCGUCCAGGGACCCGCCGUCGCGCAACUCAAGGUGCUUUUUCAAGCGAAGGACCGUCUGA